AUGGGUUUUCAAGGAGCCAAAACAGACACCUUGCUUUUCAUCUACAAGGAUACAAACACGGUCAUGUACAUUCUCAUUUACGUGGACGACACCAUCUUGACAGGAAGUUCAGAUAUGCACAUCCAAAAACUGAUUGCUGCCUUCAAAUCAGAAUUUGCAAACAAAGAUCUAGGAGAUCUACACUUCUUCUUGGGCAUUGAAGCAAAGCAUUCUCCUCAAGGCUUGUUCUUAUCUCAACAGAAAUACAUCUUGGAACUACUUAAGAAAACAAGUAUGGUGGGAGCAAAACCGAUCUCUACACCCAUGGCUACAUCACCAACUUUGACAGCACACUCAGGUUUUUCCUUCCAUGAUCCAAGCCUAUAUAGAAGCAUAGUUGGAGCUUUACAGUAUGCUACAAUGACGAGACCAGACAUAUCGUUUGCAGUGAACAAAGUUUGUCAAUAUAUGCACAAUCCAAAAAACAUCCAUUGGGCUGCCGUGAAGCGAAUAUUAAGAUAUCUAAAGCAAACUUUUGACCAUAGAUUAAGUCUAACGCCGUGUAUGGAAAUGGAUAUCUCAGCAUACAGUGAUGCUGAUUGGGCUGGAUUCCCGGAUGACAGACAAUCUACUAGCGGCUACGCAAUAUUCCUUGGGAAAAAUCUUGUCUCUUGGAGUUCAAAGAAGCAAAAUGUAGUAUCUCGCUCAAGUACUGAAGCAGAAUACAGGGCCAUCGCUAAUGCAACAGCCGAAGUUACUUGGAUCAAAUUUCUAUUGCAAGAACUUGGAAUAAAAUCAUCCUGA